ACAAGGAUAUCAAUGUCAACUGUGUAGUACAGCAGUUCAUAAGAAAUGUCAUGAAAAAAUGAUCAGUAAAUGUCCUGGAUCAGCUGAAAAGACCAAAGAUACAAUUUAUUUAAAAGAACGUUUCAAAAUUGAUAUUCCACAUCGUUUCAAACCGUACAAUUUUAAAAGUCCAACAUUUUGUGAUCAUUGUGGCUCAUUACUUUAUGGUCUUUUUAAGCAAGGAUUAAAAUGUGAAG